AGAUUGGACCAUGUCACAAAGAGCUGACAUAAUUAUGUAAAUAACACCAGCAAAAGCAAAAAGAAAAAACUCCCAAACUAAAAGUGUGAUCUAGUUCCUGUCGCAUCAUUUUCCCCUCUUUUUUUUAUAUUAGACUUGUUAACUUGUGCCACCUAGUGGUUUAACCUGGAUUUAUUGCUUAUGAUGAUACAUCUUCACUAACUGUUGACUGCAGAAUUAUUGAACCUGCAAAAUUCAUGUCAUUCAUGAUAUGCAAUACAACUUCACUACAUACUAUUUUAGUCACUGUUACACUUUUAGUCUUUUGUUUGUUUGUGUGUAUGUAUGUAUGUAUGUAUUCAGCUUUUCCAUGGUGUUUACAUUUGCAAAGCAGGCCUUCUCAUACCAAGAUGCACAAUAGCACAUAAGCAUGCCAUCCAAGGAGGAUCAGAGCUCCAUAGUUCCUGUUCUGUUGGGUUUGAAGUCAGUAAGCCUAGUUUAUCUAAUAGCACACUUAGUAGGGGUCUUGACAUGUUUAUAGAUAAUAUUUAUAGAUACACACACACACACACUUUCCACAGACAUAAUUAUUAAUGCUAUGCCUACACUGAAACCUAACCCUGACCUUAAGCACUCUAACCUUUCCUCUUCUUCUUCUUCUUCUUCUUCUUCUGCUUCUUAUUUAAUAAAAGCUGCAGUUUUAUGUUUACAAAAAAAGUCCCCAUAAUAUUGUCAGAUAUUCCAAUCCUUGUGGGAGGAAUUUAGUCCCUACCACGAUAUAAAUCACCAAACACACACAAAGGAAGCUAUACACUUCCCACAAUAUAUGUUCUCAUUAAGGUGAAAAUGAAUAAUUUAUGAGGUACAUCUCGGGGUUUACUGAAAGCUCAUGUUACCGUGCCACAAAAAUGAGCAUGACUUUUCAUGCUUUGUUGGAAUAAAAUCUGUCUAACUGUGCGGCCCAUCAUGGGGUUAACCGCUAUUUAAAAGGACCUGUUCUGACUGUAUCAGUGUAUGCCAAUAUCGGCCACUUGGACUUGGCGUCGCCUGAAGCUUACUCCAUCACUCCUCCCGAGCCCUUGAGCGCAGAGAGUGGGCGGGGCCUGGCGCGCGCCGCUCCGACGCGCCAAACUGCGCUGAGCUGAUGUGAUGCACGCGACACCACCUGCUUAGCGGUAUCGUUAUUACGCAGUACUAUGUAGACAAAUUAUAUCCAGCAGCGCGAAUAAGAGUUGCGGUAAGAGCGACCGCUUUGCUGUCAGAUAUUCCGGUGAAUGAGACGAGUCCCGUUCAGCUUGGAUUGCGAGAAGCUUCGCUUGGAGGAGGCGAGAACAGGACAGCUCAUGUACCACAAGUGAAGCACAAAGAAGCUUCAGCUGGAAUUCCAUACGUACGCGAUCGGAUGUAAGUCAUCUUUAACCCACGAAACCUGAAGAUGAAGUUGCUAUGGAAACUACUGGUGCUGCAGUCAUUCAUGGGGUAUCUCGCAGUGGACAAUGUACUGCAGGCUCCCAUUAUCACCAAGCAGCCCGGCAGCAUCGUAUUCCCAGUGGACUCCUUGGAGAAAAGUCAAGAGGUUGUGUUUAGUUGUGAAUCUCAAGGACAGCCUCCACCAUUUUACAGGUGGAAGCUCAAUGGCACCAGCAUUGAUCCAACAUUUGAUUCGCGCUACACUCUCUUUGGUGGAAACCUUCGCAUCACCCGGCUGAACAAAGACCAGGACUCUGGGAUCUACCAGUGCUUUGCCUCCAAUUCAUUUGGUACCAUCGUAAGCCGCAAGGCCAGCCUUACCUUUGCAUAUCUGGAAAACUUCAGGACUCAUCGAAGGAGUGCGGUAUCUGUGAGGGAGGGACAGGGAGUUGUGCUUCUGUGCGGCCCACCUCCUCACUCAGGAGCCCUUACGUUCAGCUGGAUUUUUAAUGAAUAUCCAUCAUACGUGAAACAGGAUUCACGAAGGUUCGUGUCACAGGAGACGGGGAACCUGUACAUUGCCAAGGUGGAACCAUCUGAUGUGGGCAACUACACAUGUGUCGUCACCAAUACUGUCACAAAAACACAUGUUCAUGGCCCUCCCACUCCUCUUAUACUGCGCACUGAUGGUGUUAUGGGAGAAUAUGAACCAAAGAUUGAAGUGCAAUUUCCAGAGGUGGUCCAGGUUGCUCAAGGUGCAACUGUGAAACUUGAGUGCUUUGCUUUGGGCAAUCCUGUCCCUUCCAUAAUAUGGAGACGUGUUGACGGCAUCCCAUUCUCCCGUAAAGUGGACAUGAGGAAGGCCAGUGGCAUCCUGGAGAUCCCGUAUUUUGAGCAGGAUGACACCGGCACCUAUGAGUGUGUCGCUGAGAACUCCAAAGGGAGGAACUCAGUGCAGGGCAAGCUCUCUUUCUAUGCUCCUCCACACAUGAUUGAAAAACCACAGGACAUGCAAAAGGCCAUUGAUGACUCUCUGGUGUGGGAGUGUAUGGCCAUAGGCAAACCCAAACCCUCCUAUAGGUGGAUGAAGAAUGGAGAAAAUUUGGAACCUACAGAGGAAAGGGUGCAGGUAGUUAAUGGCGCUCUAUCUAUUAGUCGCUUGGUGUUGUCCGAUGCCGGAAUCUACCAAUGCGUGGCUGGGAACAAAUACGGGGAGGUGUACUCCAAUGCAGAGCUCAGAGUAAUUGCCGUGGCUCCGGAUUUUGGAGCAAAUUUGCUGAAGAGCCACAUUCUGGUGAAGGAAGGGGGUGAUGUGCUGAUUGAUUGCAGGCCUAAGAUGUCUCCCCGAGGCCUGAUCACCUGGAAAAAAGGCAGUGAGGCACUAAGAGAGAAUAGCAGAAUGACUGUUCUGGAGAGCGGAAGUCUGCGAUUAUCCAAUGCCAUGAAAUCAGAUGCCGGCCUCUACACAUGUGUCGCACGCAACCAGUUCGGCGUAGCAAGCAGCUCAGGGACGCUGAUGGUGAAAGAGGCCACAGUAAUCACUACUCCUCCUUCAACACUGGACGUUACAGUGGGUGAGAGCAUUGUUUUGCCCUGUCAGGUGACCCACGACCCCUCACUGGAGCUCAAGUUUACAUGGUUUUUCAACGAGCAGCUUAUCCAUUUUGGCAGUCAUGGAGGAUACUUUGAGAAAGUUGGUAGUCAUUCAUCCGGAGACAUCAUGAUUCGGAACAUUCAGAUGAAACAUGCAGGGAAGUACACAUGUGCUGUGCAGACCAAGGUGGACAGCAGCUCUAUUGCCAUGGACCUGAUUGUCAGAGGUCCCCCUGGUCCCCCUACCAGCGUCCAUGUGGAAGAACUCUCAGAUUCCACAGCCACUCUCUCCUGGAAGCCUGGUCCUGAUAAUCACAGUCCAAUUAUCACCUACACUAUCCAGGCUAGAACCCCCUUUUCACUGGGAUGGCAAGCUGUCACCACAGUGCCAGAAGAUAUAGAGGGUCGCCGUCUGACAGCUACAGUGAUCGAGCUCAGCCCUUGGGUGGAGUAUGAGUUUCGAGUGGUGGCAAUCAAUGCACUGGGUACAGGUGAGCCCAGCAAACCCUCCAAGCAAGUAAGGACCAAGGAUACACCCCCCAAGGUCACUCCAGCGAAUGUGAGUGGAGGAGGUGGAAGCCGAUCAGAAUUAGUUAUCACUUGGGAGCCUGUUCCUGAGGAACUUCAGAAUGGCCCAGGUUUCGGCUAUGUGGUGGCUUUUCGACCGUUUGGUGCCACAGGGUGGAUGCAGGCUGCUGUACCUUCUGCAGAGGCCUCCAAAUAUGUCUUCAAGAAUGAAAGCAUCCAGCCAUUCUCCAAGUUCCAGGUCAAAGUGGGCGUCUACAACAACAAGGGUGAAGGGCCUUUUGGGCCACUUGUCACAAUCUACUCAGCUGAAGAAGAACCUGCCAGGGCACCUACACGGGUAAGAGUUCAAAGCCUUUCGGCAUCAGAAGUGGAGGUGACGUGGAAAACCCUCCCAUGGAGCACGAGCAGAAGGCGUGUUCUUGGCUAUGAGCUGAGAUACUGGGAGAAGAAGGAGAAAGAGGAUAUGGCUAGUGUGUUAAGGACGGUGGGUAAUCGGACAUCAGCUAUUAUUCAGGGUUUAAAAGGGAGCAGCACAUACUAUAUCACAGUGAGGGCCUACAAUACAGCUGGAGCUGGACCACCAAGUGCAGCAGUCAAUGUGACCACCAAGAAACCUCCUCCCAGUCAGCCUCCUGUAAAGGUAAUGUGGAACACAUCCAACUCCAAGAUCAUACUGAAUUGGGAGCAAGUGAAAGCUUUGGAGAAUGAAUCUGAGGUCAUGGGAUAUAAGGUUUUGUACAAGCAAAACAGACACAGUCGUCCUAGAGUGAUGGAGACCAACACCACAUCAGUGGAACUGUCUCUGCCUCCAGAUGAAGAAUACAUCAUUCAGAUAAAGCCCUUCGGAGAAGGAGGAGAGGGCAGCAGCAGCAAACAAAUCACAAUCCCCAGAAUAUCUGGCCCCAACGCAAUUGGAUCUGCAUCCAGCGUAUCUACUCUCUCAGCCCUCAGCACAAUAGCUCUGUCACUCACAGCCCGGACAUCCUUAUGACGCAGCGCAGUCCACAUACUUGAAAACAUAUGUUCUCAUUUUAGAAAGGAGACUCUGAGAGAGAAAAAAACCCCCUAAAAUGGGUUUGCAGUUUGCAAUGCUGUUAAGAACAGGAUGGCUGGUCUUGAAUUUGUUGUUACCAAAGCUGAUCGUACUAAAAAACUGA